AUGCUGUGCUAUCUUGUCAAGGGUGAAUGUCCUUGGGAAGGUAACACAUUAUGCUUAAAUGACAGCUCAGAAGUAAUCACCUCUGGAGUUUCAGAUAAAGAUAAAAAACUGAUUGUAGAGCUGCAUAAUGAGUUCAGAUCAAAAGCAAAUCCACCAGCAGCCGAUCUGAUGGUCUUGACUUGGGAUGACAAAAUUGCUAAGGUAGCACAGAAACUGGCCAGCCAAUGUAGAUUAGAUCAUGAUAAGGACAGGCGUGUAUCUGGAUAUGGAGUCCACAUUGGUCAAAAUAUAGCAACUGGUUAUUCUGGCUGGAGUCAAACAAUAAGUGCAUGGUAUUCAGAAAAGAAAAAAUUCACAUUUGGUGCUGCAAAUGCAAUGAAUAAAGUUGGACAUUUCACACAGAUUUUGUAUGAGAAGACAUCGCGUGUUGGGUGUGGUUUUGCCAAAUGUACACGAGGCGUUUUCUAUGUGUGCAAUUAUGCCAGUGGGCAACUGAAUUAUGCAUUCAAACAUCCUUACACAGAAGGAGAGAGCUGUGGUCAGUGUCCAAAAACAUGCAAAAAUGGACUCUGUGAUUGUAAAGGGAAACUGUGCUUUAACAAUGGCAAAAUUGACCCAAAUGAAUGCACAUGCAAGUGUGUAAAAAGCUACACUGGAGAAAAUUGUGAACAUCGUACUGUAUUUGCUAUCCCAUUUUGUUUAAUCACAUUUUUUCUUUCACUUCUGCUUUUUUCAUUCUCUUUUCCUUUCAUUCUCUUUUCCUUUCAUUCUCUUUUCCUUUCAUUCUCUUUUCCUUUCAUUCUCUUUUCCUUUCAUUCUCUUUUCCUUUCAUUCUCUUUUCCUUUCAUUCUCUUUUCCUUUCUUCUCUCUCUUUUCCUCUCCUCUCAUUCCUUUUCCUUUCCUCUCUUUUCUUUCAUUCUUUCUUCUCUUUUCCUCUCCUCUCUCUCUUUUCCUCUCCUCUCUCUCUUUUCCUCUCCUCUCUCUCUUUUCCUCUCCUCUCUCUCUUUUCCUUUCCCUUUCCUCUCCUUUCUCUCUCUUUUCCUUUCUCUCUCUUUUCUCCCUCUCUUUUCUUCUCUUCUCUCUCUCUCUCUCUUUUCCUUUCUCUCUUUUCUCUCCUCUCUCUUUCCUUUCCUCUCCUUUCUCUCUUUUCCUUUUCUCCUCUUUUCCUCUCCUCUCUCUUUUUUUUCUCUUUUCCUCUCCUCUUUCUCUCUUUCUCUCUCAAAAUACAUUUUAGCAUUCAAACCAAACAUUUUGGUAGUCACUAUUUUUGCCAGUCGCACAGGGGAACUUGUCACCUACCACCAUGUUGACAUUAAACAUAUAUACCCUCAGGAGGGAUGGGUUGAAGAAGACCCAAAAGAAAUUCUGGAAUCUGUUUAUACUUGUAUGAGUAAAGCAGUAGAAAACUUGAAGGCCUUAAAUAUCAAUGUGGAUGAUCUCAAAGCUGUGGGCAUAUCCAACCAACGAGAAACCACUAUUGUCUGGGAUAAAUUCACAGGAAAACCUUUGUAUAACGCCAUUGUUUGGUUGGAUAUGAGAACAGCACCAACAGUUGAUAGAUUGCUGGCAGGUGUACCAGAUAAAAGCAAAGACUUUUUGCGACCUCAAUGUGGUCUGCCAAUCACCACUUACUUCAGUGCUGUCAAAUUGCGUUGGCUACUUGAUAAUGUUUCUGAAGUGAAAACAGCAGUUGCUGAAGAUCGGUGCUUGUUUGGUACUGUGGAUACCUGGCUUCUCUGGAACUUGACUGGAGGGCCAGGUCGUGGUUGCCAUGUCACAGAUGUCACUAAUGCUAGUCGAACAAUGUUAAUGAACAUUCAUUCUCUCAGGUGGGAUGAGAAACUCUGCAGUUUCUUCAAUAUUCCAAUGUCAAUUCUUCCAGAAAUUCAUUCAUCAUCUGAACUCUAUGGCCACAUAACAGAUAAUCCUCUUAAAGGUGUUCCUAUUUCGGGUAUUUUGGGUGACCAGCAGGCAGCUCUUGUUGGACAAAUGUGCUUUAAACAAGGCUCUGCUAAAAACACGUAUGGGACUGGUUGUUUUCUUUUGUACAAUACAGGUUCACAGCCAGUAGAAUCUUCACAUGGGUUACUUACUACAGUUGCUUAUCAGUUAGGCAGAAGAAAACCGGUUACUUAUGCUCUUGAGGGGGCCAUUGCUAUUGCUGGUGCCUGUGUACAAUGGUUGAGGGACAAUCUUGGAAUCAUUCAGACUUCAGCAGAAAUUGAGCAAUUGGCUAGUGAAGUAGAUAGUACCCAUGGCUGCUAUUUUGUUCCUGCUUUCUCUGGUCUUUUCUGCCCCUACUGGCGGGCAGAUGCUCGUGGCAUCAUUUGUGGUCUCUCACAGUUCACAACCAAAGCUCACAUUGGUCGAGCUGCAUUAGAAGCUGUGUGUUUCCAGACAAGAGAACUUCUAGAUGCCAUGAACUGUGACAGUGGAAUUCCUCUGAAAUCUCUACAGGUUGAUGGUGGAAUGUCAGUUAAUUCUGUUCUUAUGCAACUUCAAGCUGACCUAUUGGGUAUCAAUGUUGUUCGCCCUUCUAUGCCUGAAACCACGGCAUUAGGGGCAGCAAUGGCUGCUGGCUGUGCUGAAGAAAUCAAUGUUUGGAAUUUAGAUCCAUCAAAAGCUCCAAAAACCAUCACAGAUACAUUUGUGCCUUCCAUUCCAGCUAAAGAUCGUGAUGAUAGGUUCAACUGGUGGAAAAUGGCUGUGGAACGCUCCUUAGGUUGGAAGAUAGAAACCCCAAUUCCUGUGGAAGAACGGCACAAGCGUACCUUCUGGACAACUUUGGCUGGUGGACUUUAUGUAUGGUUAACAUUUGGAAUGCUACUAAUGGCAGAACUGCUUGACAAGAGAUGA